AUUGGACUGUUUUAUGAACACUUUCCUGAAAGGCCCAAUAGCCCAUUCUACAAAUAUAUAUACACUCUCACGUUUAUUGAAAUUAGGGUUAGGGUUCUUGCGUUUCGAUCCACUUUACUGUGCCGACGACGACGUUGCGAUGGGGAGAAGACCUGCUAGGUGUUAUCGCCAGAUCAAGAACAAACCAUACCCCAAGUCGCGGUAUUGUCGUGGUGUCCCGGACCCAAAGAUCCGGAUCUACGAUGUGGGCAUGAAGAAGAAAGGUGUCGAUGAAUUCCCCUUCUGUGUGCACUUGGUGAGUUGGGAGAAGGAAAAUGUGUCGAGCGAGGCUUUGGAAGCUGCACGUAUCGCCUGUAACAAAUACAUGGCCAAGUUUGCUGGGAAGGACGCCUUCCACUUGAGGGUCAGGGUUCAUCCUUUCCAUGUCCUUAGGAUCAACAAGAUGUUGUCGUGCGCCGGGGCUGAUAGGCUCCAGACUGGCAUGCGAGGUGCUUUCGGGAAGCCCCAGGGUACCUGUGCCCGGGUGGCCAUCGGGCAGGUGCUCUUGUCUGUGCGCUGCAAGGAUGGGAACAGCCAUCAUGCACAGGAGGCCUUACGUCGUGCUAAAUUCAAGUUUCCUGGCCGUCAGAAGAUCAUUGUCAGCCGAAAAUGGGGAUUCACCAAAUUCAGCCGCACUGAUUUUGUGAAGUGGAAGUCUGAGAAUAGGAUUCUUUCUGAUGGAGUGAAUGCAAAGCUUCUUGGAUGCCAUGGACCUUUGGCGAACAGGAAACCGGGAAGAGCAUUCUUAACGACUGCGGUGGGAUCAAAAUGAUUUGAUGGAGGGACACAUGAGGUGCACUUGCUUUCUUUUUAAUAAUUUAUGUUGGACUUUUGCAUUGUUCUUUAUUAUGCUGUUGAAUUUGAAUCUGCAUAUUUUUAUUUUUUUGGAAUUCUAUUUGUGGCUUUAUAUAUAUAUGUUAUGGUUUUGGACU